AAAGUGCCGUGAGCAAGGGAUGGAACGAGGAAGUCAUGAGCAGAAGGGUGUGGUCGACUAACGGUUCUUAAUGGUUCCUGACUGACACACAAAGGAAAGGGACUGUGGAUGCUGCACUGGAACGAGCUCUGGAACUAAGCGACAACUCAGGAUGGACACCAAGAUUCAGCUGAGCUGGAUGGCAGUAUGUCUGUUUCUCACACUACCAGGGUCCCUUGCUCAGAGCCCUACCACCACACACCCCAAAAUGACUCUGGUGGCGAAUGUUACUGCAGCUCCCUCUCCAGCCAGAACGGGUGCACCUACACAUGCCUCCUGUCCUGUUGAGCUCAACCCUCCCAGAGUAGUGGUGAGAUAUGGAGAAUCAGUCUCAGUCAACUGCACAUCAUCCACAGACCCCGAGGGGAUGAGGUGGGAGGCCACGUACGGAGAUACAGGUUUGCAUGGAAAUGUAAACUAUGUCACCUGGACUGUGAGAAGACUCAUGGACUGGACAAUAGAACCUAAAUGCUACAUCAAGUCACAAAAUGGAAGUCAGUGUACUGAGAUUCUCCCUGUCAUUCUCUACAUGACUCCAGACAGCGUGUCUAUCUCUCCUCUGAGCCACUCUGGUCCAAUGAUGGAGGGGAAGGAGUACCAGCUGCAGUGCGACAUCCAGAACAUCGCUCCUCUACAGAACUUGGUUGUGAGGUGGUACAAAGGGAAUGAAACUAUAGAGACUCAAACGUUUAAUGACUCCACAAAGGAACUAGUGAAUAUGUCCUCCACUAUCACCAUCACCCACAAGAGAUAUGAGGGUGAGGGUGAAGUAGAGUACAGAUGUGAGGCAGAGCUGGACCUGGGACCAGAGGGACCAAAACCUUCUGCCUUGUCAUCAAAACCUCUUAAUGUUACUGUUUACUCUCACACAAACAAGUCAACAACACCCACGGCCAAGUCCUUAACCACCACAGUGACACCAUCUCCAACCACCUCUGAGAAUACCGCCGUCGUUUCUCCUGUUGCCUGGGAUGCAGAGUGGGAUAAACCAUUCAAUUAUGACUACUACUUCCUCCGUGUUGUUGGUCUGUCUAUGGCUGCCACGCUUUUCAUCCUGGGUAUUAUGGUCAUUAGCUGUGGUAAAGUAUGCCCGAUGCCUAGGUGUCAUGUGGGCACAGGGAAGUCGUACCAAGUGUCCAGAGAGUAGUGAGGGGACAAACGUGUUACUGAGUGGCCUCAAGACACCAGAAGAGUUCAUCAGAGGGACAUGGAGAAACAACACUGAUACAACAUACAUUACCGACCAUGUGCGUGUGUAUGUUUGAGUUUGAGUUUAUUUUAUUUUUACAGGGACAGUGCACAUUAUGUGUGUGUGAAAACGUUGUUGGACAAAACUCUGCAUCUGUCAUUUCAGAGAUGAGAACGUGAUAUGUGUUUCAUGUGCCUUUCCCACAGACUGCAAGUGACUCACUCAACAUUAUGAAAUGACCCCUCCCUCACUCUUCUAAAGACUUACCUGUAGUUUUAAAUGCAAGUUUUAUAUACUUUGGCACUCAUGUUUCUAUGUAUAUUUUGAAAUGCUUACAAAAUGUUACAGAAUACAUACUGUAGGUGUUACGUAGCUCAGAGGCGCCCCCAAGAGCACUGGAAGUGGUACUGAUCCUUUUUUUUUCUCAUAUCCCAGAGACAGCAAUUUCAUGCUUAGCUUUUCACAGAUCAUUGUGUAGAUUUUAUCUGUAGAUUUGUCACCAACUUGAAUGAUAUUUUCUCUAAUAAAUCACAUACAUGUCCUGUU